GUGAAAUCGAAAGUAAAUCUCAAGGGACCGCUGUUCGGGCAAGAACAUUUUGGACGUUUUGUGAAGGCCAAGGCUACCUCCUCGGUCAGUGGUUCUCUGAUCUCUAUCAACAUGUCUGCUAUUGUUGGAGCAGAAAUGGAUCCACAGAUCUGAUUGGUCCACAUAGCUGCUAAAAGAUGGAUUACUAUCAAGACGGAGAAGAUGCUGUUGGUGGAAAUCAGACAGGCAGAGCAGCAUGUGCCGUGUCCAGCCACGUGUCCAUGAAGAAUGAGGAGCCCUUCACUGAUGGGCAUCAGGGGGUCAGCACAGGAAGAGUGCUGUCUUAUCCAAGACAACAGACACACAGACCAAUGUCUCCAGUGCCCAGCUGUGUGUCUAUGAAGAGUGACUGGUCCAUGGAUCACCCUAACAGUUUCAGCAGUGGACCACCACAGUCUGAUCAGAAACCACAGACACACAGAGCAGUAUCUCCAGUGCCCAGCUGUGUGUCCAUGAAGAGUGAAUGGUCCAUGGAUCACCCUAACAGUUUCAGCAGUGGACCACCACAGCCUGAUCCAAAACAACAGACACACAGACCACUGUCUCCAGUGCCCAGCUGUGUAUCCAUGAAGAGCGACUGGUCCAUGGAUCACCCUAACAGUUUCAGCAGUGGACCACAGUCUGAUCCAAAACAACAGACACACAGACCAAUGUCUCCAGUGCCCAGCUAUGUAUCUAUGAGGAGUGACUGGUCCAUGGAUCACCCCAACAGUUUCAGCAGUGGACCACAGUCUGAUCCAAAGAACAUCCUGACCCACAUUCAGUCCAGGUGUGGAGUGUGUGAGCAGCUACUGAGGGACCCAGUCAUCACCAGCUGUGGACACAGUUUCUGCAGGCAGUGCAUCAGCAGCUACUGGAGCCAGUCAGGUCCAUCAGGAGACUACAGCUGCCCCCAGUGCAGAAAGAGACCCAAAGUACAACCCAUUAUAAACUCUGAAAUAGGUGUGGCACAAUCACUAUUGUACUCUUCAACAACCAUGGCGCAACCUCACCUAUACCCACCUACAGCUAUGGCACAACCUCACCUAUACCCACCUACAGCUAUGGCACAACCUCACCUAUACCCAUCUACAGCCAUGGCGCAACCUCACCUAUACCCAUCUACAGCCAUGGCGCAAUCUCACCUAUACCCACCUACAGCCAUGGCACAACCUCACCUAUACCCAUCUACAGCCAUGGCGCAACCUCACCUAUACCCAUCUACAGCCAUGGCGCAACCUCACCUAUACCCAUCUACAGCCAUGGCACAACCUCACCUAUACCCACCUACAGCCAUGGCACAACCUCACCUAUACCCAUCUACAACCAUGGCACAACCUCACCUAUACCCAUCUACAGCCAUGGCACAACCUUCGUCAUACCAACACAGUGAAAUGGCACUUCAUCUGAACCCAUCUGCACACAUGGCACAAGUUCCUCCAUCCCCACACACAGACACGGGGCAGCAUCCUCAGUACUCAAACUCAGCCAUGGGGCAGCAUAAUCAUUAUCCACACAUCCAGCCCCCUCUUUAUCCACACAUCCACACGGCACAGAUCUCUCCACAGCCUCCUUUAGAUGAGCACACAGUCAUGAGAGGCAGCACCCAUCUACAAACUGAGCAUGCUCCAGUCAAAAGGGCCAAACUAACAGAUGACCAUGUCCUGACCAGAGUACUGAUGACCCAUAAAGCCAGCAUGAAGAGGAGGUUUGAGAGCAUAUGUGAAGGCAUCGUAAGGUCAGGGACGCAAACACUCCUGAACAAGAUCUACACAGAACUCUACAUCACAGAGGGAGAGAGUGAAGGGGUGAAUAAUGAACAUGAGGUUUGGCAGGUAGAGUCAGCAUCCAGGCCACAAACCACAGAAGACACGGCAAUCAACUGCAAUGAUAUCUUCAAGCCCUUGUCUGGACAGGAGAGACACAUCAGAACUGUGAUGACCAAGGGGAUUGCUGGCAUUGGAAAAACCGUCUCAGUCCAGAAGUUCAUCCUUGACUGGGCAGAGGAGAGAGCUAACCAGGAUGUAGAUUUCAUGUUUGUGCUUCCAUUCCGUGAGCUGAAUCUGGUCAAACAUGAUCAGUACAGUCUUCACAGGCUCCUGCUUGACUUCCACCCUGAGCUUAGAGAGCUACAGGAUGGUGAAUACAAAGACUGCUGCAUUGUGUUCAUCUUUGAUGGUCUGGAUGAGAGUAGACUUCCACUGAAUUUCCAAGGGAACCAGACAUUGUCUGAUGUAACACAAACAUCAUCAGUUGAUGUGCUGAUGACAAGCCUCAUUCAGGGAACACUGCUUCCCUCUGCUCUCCUCUGGAUAACCUCCCGACCAGCAGCAACCAGUCAGAUUCCUUCUCAGUGCUACAGUCUGGUGACAGAAGUACGAGGGUUUAAUGACCCACAGAAGGAAGAGUACUUCAGGAAGAGGAUCAGUGACCAGAAUCAAGCCAACAGAAUCGUCUCACACAUUACAGCAACCAGGAGUCUCCACAUCAUGUGCCACAUGCCAGUCUUCUGUUGGAUCUCAGCCACUGUCCUUCAGCAGAUGCUGGAACAGGAUGAUGGGAAAGAAGCCCCCAAAACACUGACUGAAAUGUUCAUACACUUCUUGCUUAUCCAGACCACUAGAAAGAACCAGAAGUAUCAAGAGGAAAAUGAGACAGAUAGACGGAGGCUCCUGGAUUCACACAAGGGUGUCAUAUUGAAACUGGCAGAGCUGGCUUUCAAGCAUCUGGAGAAUGGCAAUCUCAUGUUCUAUGAGGAAGACCUGAGAAAGUGUGGCAUUGAUGUCAGUGAAGCCUCAGUGUACUCUGGCAUGUGCACUGAGAUCUUCAGGGAGGAAUGUGUGUUUCAUCACAAGAAGGUCUACUGCUUUGUCCAUCUGAGCAUCCAGGAGUUUCUUGCUGCAAUUCAUUUGUUUGCCUCCUUCUUGAGUAAAAACAUGGAGGUCCUAGAGCCAUUUCUUAGCAGGAAGUCCAAGUCUUUGCCAGAUGUGCCUCUAGAUGAGCUGCUGAAGAAUGCAGUGAACAAAGCUUUGGAAAGCAAGAAUGGACACCUAGAUUUGUUUGUCCGCUUCCUUCAUGGCAUUUCUUUGGUUUCAAAUCAGAGUCUUUUGCUUGGCCUCCUGACACACACACACAGCAGCCCAGAGAGUGUGAAGAAAACGAUCAAGAACCUGAAGGUGAUGCAGAGACCAAAUAUCUCCCCCGAGAGGUGCAUCAACCUGUUCCACUGUCUGGUGGAAAUGCAUGACUCUUCUGUUCAUGAUGAAAUCCAGGCUUUCCUGAAGGCAGAGAAAGGUGCCGUGAAACAGCUCACACUGGCUCACUGCUCAGCCUUGGCUCAUGUGCUUCUGAUGUCUGAUGAGGUGCUGGAUGAGUUUGACCUGAACAAAUACAAAACCUCUCCAGAAGGUCGCAGGAGACUGGUUCCAGCCGUGAGAUGCUGCAGAAAGGCUCUACUUGCUGGCUGUAAAUUAACAGAGAAGUCCUGUGAGAUUGUGGCCUCAGCUCUGCAGUCUGCAAAUUCCCCCUUAAGAGAACUGGACCUGAGUCAGAAUGACCUGCAGAAGUCAGGAGAAAAACUGGCCUCUGCUCUUCUGAGUCCAAACUGCAAACUGGAGACACUGAGACUAGUUGGCUGUAAACUAAAAGGGGGAUUUUUGGCCUUGGCUCACACAGGGGCAAACCCCCACCUAAGAGAGCUGGACAUGAGUGACACUGAGCUUCAGGACUGUGGAGGAGAACUGCUCCAUCAACCACUGAAUCAGGACUGUAAAGUGAGACUCAUCAACUGUAGACUCAAACACAGCUCCUGUGUGGUUGUGGUCUCAGUUUUGCAGUCAUGCAUUUCUCAACUGAGUGAGUUGGACAUGAGUGGCUGUGAUCUGCAAACAUCAGAAGAGAAGCUGCUCUCUGGUCUUAGAGAUCCAAACUGCCAACUUGAAAAACUGAGACUUGUGGGCUGUAAACUAAGCGGAAUAUUUCUGGCUUUGACACUUCAGUGGGCAAACACCCACCUAAGAGAGCUGGACAUCAGUGACAGUGAGCUUCAGGACUGUGAAGGAAAACUGCUCCAUCAACCACUGAAUCAAGACUGUAAAUUGAGACUCAUCAGCCGUAGACUCAAACACAGCUCCUCUGAGAUAGUGGUCUCAGUUCUGCAGUCGUAUAUUUCUCAGCUAAGUGAGUUGGACAUGAGUGGCUGUGAUCUGCAAACAUCAGAAGAAAAGCAGCUCUCUGGUCUUAGAAGCCCAAACUGCCACCUGGAGAGACUGAGACUUGUUGGCUGUAAACUGAUUGGAAGAUUUUUGGCCUCAAUUCUUCAGUGGGCAAACUCCCACCUAAGAGAGCUGGACAUCAGUGACAGUGAGCUUCAGGACUGUGGAGGAGAACUGCUCCAUCAACCACUGAAUCAGGACUGUAAAGUGAGACUCAUCAGCCGUGGACUCAAACACAGCUCCUCUGAGGCUGUGGUCUUAGUUCUGCAGUCAUAUAUUUCUCAACUGAGUGAGUUGGACAUGAGUGGCUGUGAUCUGCAAACAUCAGCAGAGAAGCUGCUCUCUGGUCUUAGAAGCCCAAACUGCCACCUGGACAAACUGAGGUCAGUAGCCUCUGCUUUGCAGUCCUCCAUCUCCCUAAAGGAACUGGACCUGAGUCACAGUGACCUGAAGGAGUCUGGAGUUCAGCUUCUCUCUACAGGACUCAGUAGCCCUCACUGUAAACUCCAGUCUUUAAGACUUGCUGGUUGUGAGCUAACAGAGGAAUCCUGUAAGGCUGUAGCCUCUGCUUUGCAGUCCUCCAUCUCCCUAAAGGAACUGGACCUGAGUCACAAUGACCUGAAGGAGUCUAGUGUUCAGCAUCUCUGUACAGGACUCAAUAGCCCUCACUGUAAACUCCAGUCUUUAAGACUUGCUGGUUGUAAGCUAACAGAGGAAUCCUGUAAGGCUGUAGCCUCUGCUUUGCAGUCCUCCAUCUCCCUAAAGGAACUGGACCUGAGUUACAAUGACCUGACGGAGUCUGGAGUUCAGCUUCUCUCUACAGGACUCAGUAGCCCUCACUGUAAACUCCAGUCUUUAAGACUUGCUGGUUGUAAGCUAACAGAGGAAUCCUGUAAGGCUGUAGCCUCUGCUUUGCAGUCCUCCAUCUCCCUAAAGGAACUGGACCUGAGUCACAAUGACCUGAAGGAGUCUAGUGUUCAGCAUCUCUGUACAGGACUCAAUAGCCCUCACUGUAAACUGACAACAUUAAGGCUCAAUCUGUGCCACCUCUCUAAAGCAAGCUGUGAAAUGAUGACAUCCGUGUUGCAAAGUGCACCUUCCCAUCUGAGAGAACUGGACAUGAGUGGCAAUGACCUGCAGGAUGAAGGAGUGGAGCUGCUCUGUGCAGGACUAAGAGAUCCACAAUGCAAGCUGGAGACACUGAGACUGUCUCUUUGUCUCAUCACACAUGAGGGCUGUUCUCUCUUGUCCUUUGCCCUCAAAUCAAACCCCUCCUACCUGAAACAGCUGGAUCUGAGCUACAAUCACCCAGGACACUCAGGUGUCAGAGAGCUCACAGACAGACUGAAUGAUCCCAGCUGUAAACUAGAGACGUUGAGGUAUGACCAUGGAGGAGAGUGCAGGAUUAAACUAGGACCCAGAAAAUAUGCCUGUGAGCUCACACUGGACCCAAACACAGCGUACAGAAAUCUCUCUCUCUCUGAGGGGAACAGAAAGGUGACGCAUGGGCAGCAGCAGCCGUAUCCUGACCACCCAGAGAGAUUUGACUACUGGCCUCAGGUGCUGUGUAGAGAGGGUCUGUCUGGACUCCACCUAGAGAGAUGUGACAGUCUGGGUCAGAGCCUAGUCAACACGGGUCAGUCUGGACGCUACUACUGGGAGGCUGAGUGGAGUGGUAAUGAGGUUUAUAUAGCAGUGGCCUAUAAAAGCAUGGAGAGGAAAGGGAGUGGGAACAGCAGUGGGUUUGGAUAUAAUGCCAAGUCCUGGAAACUGAGUUGCUAUAGUAACAGUUACUCUGCCUAUCACAAUAAUAAGAAUACUGCCAUACCUGCCCCCUCCUCCCGCUCCAGCAGAGUAGGAGUGUACCUGGACUGGCCAGCAGGCACUCUGUCCUUCUACAGCGUCUCCUCUAACACACUCACCCACCUGCACACGUUCCACUCCACAUUCACUGAGCCCCUCUAUCCUGGGUUUUAUGUUCAUGAAAACUCCUCAGUGUCCCUGUGCCAGAUCACAUGACCUCCUAAUCCUGCAGCAGAGGAGCGCCACACACACCUGUUUACACACUCUGUUUCUCUGUGUUUGUGUGUGUGUGUGUGUGUGUGUGUGUGUGUGUGUGUGUGUGUGUGUGUGUGUGUGUGUGUGUGUGUGUGUGUGUGUGUGUUCCUUCCCUUCCUUCUGUGUUUUCAAUUUCUACCAAACACAUCAGAUAUUAGAUGUUUUGUUGAAUUUCUUACAAUUUGAACUUGAACCUUGUUGUGUAUAUUGUAUGUGUUCUGAAGAUUAAAAGAUGAACAUACAGCAGUGAGAGUGGACAGGUUUUCUCAGGACUGGGAGUGUUAAGCCAGCGUGAUUUUACAUAUAGAUUUAUAUACUGUAUGCUUGAGAGUGAGACGGAGGAAAGGGGAGUCCUUUUAUUUGAAUAAGAAUAUAACAAAGGGGAACAGAAUGUAAUUCAUUGAAAAAUGAGAUACAAAUAAAAAAUUACA